AUGCCUCCUGCGCUCCCGCGACGCCUGAAGCAAACCCGCGCCAUGCUCAUCCCAUUUUACGCUGCUGACGCUCCCCCGCCGCCGCCUGCGCGCCUCGCAGAUCCACAAAACAACGUGAGCGAGGCGGGUGUGCCGCGGAGUUCCUUGGCGCUGGGCCUCAAGUACGAAAAAUCGAUCGAAAUCAUGUCAGAGAACCAGAUGACAGUGAAGGUCGGCAUCGUGUCGGCCAAAGACGGCCUCAUCAAGGUCGUCAUCUCCGAGUCGAAGUCGCCUCCGCUCCUCGGAGCUAAGGCGGCGAGCGGCGCCAAGAACGCACCCGUUGAGGACGCCACCGUGGCCGAGUCCGGCGCGGAGGCCCCCCUCGAUGAGAGCAUCCUCAAGAAAGACCUGGCCGCCGAAGAGGCGACCGCCGCGGAGACGGUCGACUCGGACCGGGCCAAGGCCAUGUUUGCCGCCCACAAGCCGAGCGAGAACGCCGUUUUCUGGUCCAAGUUUGAGCGCCCGACCGACCCACCGCUGGCCCGCACCGGCGUCACCAAGAACGGCCCGGCGCUCGAGCCGGUCACCAAAGGCGACGCCGACUGGAACGUCUCGACCAAGGAGUUUCCCGUGGAGGAGCCCGCCCCGGCGGUGAGCGCUUCCCACCACUUUUCUCUGCACACGCGGGGCAUCGACGAGUGGAAGACCGCCUCCCCGCUCCGCAAGAUCGAGCGCAAGGGCGAGGCCAACCUGAUCGGCCGCUCCAAGAAGACCACCAAGAGCCUCACCCCGAUCGGCCGCGUCGACCCCAACGGAUUCGCGGCGCUGCUCGGAACGGACGUCGACGAGGAAGACCUCGCCGUCGUCGGCUCCGGCAAGGCGUCUGUCGACGAGGAAGACCUCGCUGGCGUCGGCUCCGGCAAGGCGUCUGGCGCCGUGGAGAAGACCGAGCCGACCUCGACGCGCUCCGGCCUCCGCUUCGGCAAGUUCUGCUCGACGUCAAAGCUGCUGUGCGUCUUCCUCACCGUGGCGAUCGGUCUCGGCUGCUCGGCCUUUGCGCUGUCGUCGUACGGCUCUGGCGGCGUCUCCGAGCUCCUCGAGUCGGUGUCCGUGCCCGACGCGGAAGCCUUCGCGCCCGUCCCCGACGGCGGCUCUAUCGAGGCACUCGGGGUGCUCGAGGAAUUGUCAUCCAUCACGCGUAAUGCCUGCCCAGAGCCACCCUACACCGCCACCAACCCGUACCAGGAGGGCCCGCCCAGGAAGGCCUACGAGAACUUCCCGACCACGGGGGAUGUGGGCUUCGAUGUCAUCGCCGAGGCGUGGCUGGCAGGCGGCGGUAGGCCGGAGCAGUGCGAGAGCGCCAUCAUCAUCGCUUCGGGCGAGUGCGCACCGUCGCAGAGCGAGCCGACAGUCAUGGGGUGCAAUAUCGACCUGUCGGGGCAGACCUCCGGCAUCUGGCAGGUGGACAGUGCGAAAACCGCGAUCCCUCCAGGCUCCCCCAUGCUGGACCUCUACAAGACGAACCCGGCCGUGAACGCUUGGGUGGUGACGCCGCUCCUCAACAAGACCUUCGCCGGGGCGAUCUCGUCAAUUUAG